AUGUUUGCUAAUUUCGAACUGUCUACCGGCGGACUGGUCGCAGCGGAUGUCAAGCCCAAGCGAACUCGUACAGAUCUGGGCUGUCUACCAUGUCGACGGAAGAAGAAGAAGUGUGAUCUUGCGAAGCCUGUCUGCGUGCGCUGCCGGAAGAGCAUCGGAUCAGUUGUCUGCGAAUGGCCUGCACAUGCAGCAUCGCUAGCCUCCGAAGAUGGCGGCAGAUAUCAACCGCGUCUUGAUCUUGAUGCUAGACGAGACCCUAUCCAGAUAUCGAUAAAUCCCGGAUCUCCGUCACAAAGUGUCAUGGUAAUUCGUGACAAGGGACAAAAAGGUACCCGCGGCACGACCACUUCGAACAUCAUGAGACGUGUAUGGGAAACCCCUUCACCACAGAACAGCAUCGAGAAUUGCAUCACCGUUGACCUCCCCGCUGGAGUCAAGACAGUAUCACCGAAAUUAACAUCCAGCCAAUUGAUUCAGAUCACCACGGCAUUCGACAAGGCCAUCAUUUCUCCAGAUAAUGGCAGUCUCGAGCAACCGGCCUCACAGCUUUGUCUGCCAUUGUGUCUACAAAACUCAUCGCUCAUGCAUGCUUGGCUAUCAUGUGGCACUGCUUUCGUAACAAAGGCAGAACCGGGAGGCGUUCAGAAGGCUCUUGUACAUUACCAGCAAGCCGUCAAGGGCCUAGCUACUGCUCUGACCGAGACUGGUCUAACUUCUCCGGAAUGGAAGGUCGCAGCGACACUUCUGUUGCAUACUUUCGAGUCGAUGAGUCCAAGGACUGAUGAACCUGCUAGCAUGCGAGUAGCGCAUCUUAGUGGUGCUCAUAAUCUUGUUCGAACAAGCAUGAUGGGCAAAGCACCGUCGUCAAUGCACCAAGUUCUACUGCUUGAGGCAUAUUCAUUUCGAACAGUGCACAACCGCUUAUUCCAACCCUCUCCCUCACUGCCUUACGACUAUAUCGAGCGCUUGUUCGAGACGAUGUGUCUUCCUGGAAGUCCUCGUCAAGAUAUGACCACACAAUGGCGGAAGUGUCCCUGGGUGGGCAUGUGCGCUCCUUUGUUCGACAUGGCCUUCAAGCUGUGUUGGCUGAGAGACAGAUUGCCCCUGCAAGGAAAAGACCUGAUCGACGCGAUUUCUCUCUCGACGAGGAUCAUGAAUUGGCGAGCACCUGUAGAGGCUCCAGAAGAUUUGUUCGAUGUCGACUCAGGGACCGCGGACACCUUCAUGAUGAAAAACCUGCUUUCGGCUAAGGCUUGGUAUUAUGGCUGCCUCUUUCUCUCUCACAAGUUGCUAAACCCAUCGAAUGGUCCUUUCGAUCCGGAUCUUAUUGCCAUAUCCCGGCAAAGUCACAAAGUCUUUCAACAGAUGGAUCUUCUGCAAGGUGCAUCUGCGCUUCUUCUGUGGCCGAUUUUCUUGCUUGGUACAGGAGCAGUAACGCCUGCUGAUCAAACAGCAUUCACUAAUGCCAUCGUAUCUUGUGCCCCAAGAUCGGGCCCUGGUACCAUUCAACGGACCACACAACUCUUGCACUGGGCAUGGGCGCCGGAUUCAGAUCUCAAAGCAGGAUUCCUGGGCUCAGACAUCAUCCUGCGAACUGAUAUCCUGAGGCAAUUCUUUAUGUAA